UCCCACAUAGAAUAUCACCAAACAGCAUUAAUGCACUGACAUAUUAAACGUAGUCAAAACAAACACAUCCCCUCUCCCCCUUACCUUUUCUUUUUUUUUUUUCCUUUGGCCUUUUCAUCGUUCAUAAAGUAACCCCAGAACCUAACACAAAGACAAUCUAAAAACAUUCUUUCAAGCACUUACAGCAGCUCAAGACAAACAAGGAAACUGGAUUUAUUGGUGAAGAAUUAAGAUGGAGGAGAUUAAUCAUGGUUCUAAUGCAUGUACAAAUAAGCCAGCUGUAUUAGAGAAAAGGGCAAGACCUGAAGAGCAAUUGAAUUGUCCAAGAUGCAAUUCAACCAACACCAAAUUCUGUUACUACAACAACUACAGCCUCACACAGCCUAGAUACUUCUGCAAGACAUGCAGAAGGUAUUGGACUGAAGGAGGCACUCUCAGAAAUGUCCCUGUUGGUGGAGGCUCAAGAAAAAACAAGAAGCCCAUACCACCAUUUUCAUCAUCUUCAUCAUCAUCAUCAUCAGCAGCAGCAGCUUCGUCGAAGAGUAUUCCGGAUCUUAACCCUCUUAGCCUCUCGCAACAACAGUUUCCAUGUCUAAACCCUAGACCACCACCACCACACUAUCAAGGCCAAGAUCUUAAUCUGAGUUUCCAUAAGUAUUACGGCGGCGCGGCCUCCGCAACUCAAUAUAUGGAAGUGCAGAAAAGCGAAAACGACACUACUACUACUAGUAGUAGUAAUGAUAAUAAUAAUAAUAAUAAUAAUCUGCAAAGUAACACAGCAGCUUCAGCUUCUGUUCCAUUUUCUUCUUCUUGUUCAUCUAUAGAGCUGGUUAGGAGUAGUAGUGGAAUUGGCUCUAGGGCUGGUGGUUUGAAUUCAUUUAUUCAAACCACCCCGAUGAUGAUGCUGGAUUCGAAUGCAAUGUAUCCUUCUGGGUUUUAUUUGCAAGAAGUGAAACCGACGACCACGACGACGCCUUUUGGUUUUUGUGUUGACGGACUUGGACUUGGAAGUAGGUAUGGCGGGGUUCAAGAGAAUAACAGUAAUAAUAAUGGUGGUGGUGGAAGUGGAAGUGGAAGUGGAAGUGGAAGUGGAAGGAUCUUAUUUCCUUUUGCAGAUUUCAAACAAGUUUCAACCAACGCAGCUAGUGAUGUUGAUCAUCAGAAUAAAGGGCAAGGGAAUUCAAGUGGAUAUUGGAAUGGAUUACUAGGUGGAGGAUCAUGGUAAUUAAAUAAAAAGAAGAAGGAUGAAAUUUAAACCAAAAAAAAAAAAAAAAAGGGAAAAAGGUGCUGCUUUUCUCUACAUUAUGUUCUUUUUCUUCUUCUUUAAUUAUAUUUGCAAAGGUUUCGGUUUUUGGGGUUGUACAAGUCAGAACUAACAGAGGAGUUACAUUUGGGUUUCUUCGAUAUUCGGACAAUGUAAAGACAUGAAGGCUUGCUUUAGUUUCGGGCUGUCUUAGGAGAGGGGCAAUUUCUACUUUUGUUCUAUCUACUAUAUAGGGAUAGAAGAAUACGUGAAUAUUGUAAGGCUGGUUUUUUUUUUUUUUUUUUUGAAAAAAUAGCAAUAUGUAUUGUGGAUAUGCACAGACUGUAGAGAAGAAAAAAAAAAAAGAAAAAAAAAACUUGAUUGUAUAUAUUCAUGUAUUCUUCUAUCAGAACUGGAACAGCUAGAAUGUUUUAUAUAGUAUUUGUUCAAAUUCAGUUUAAUUACCAUUCUAAUUGAUGUAUUAGUGAGUUUAGUUGCUUU